AUGAAAGGUUCUGUCAUAUUCAACGGAAACACAUCCGGUCCGUUCGAGAUGCGUAGAGGUGUGCGACAGGGCUGCGUAUUGGCCCCUACCCUGUUUGGUAUAUUCUUUUCAUUACUCUUAAGAGAAGCGUUCGGCAAUGACCAACAGGGUAUCCAUUUUUAUACGAGGACGGAUGGGAAGCUCUAUAACAUCACAAAACUUCUCAAAUCCAAGCGUAAUCGCGAGGACAUUUUUGUAGACAGCCUCUUAUUUGCCGAUGACGCAGCUUUUGUCGCUGACUCCGCUCUCGAGCUUCAGACCAUAUUGGACAGGUUCGCCCGGGCGUGUGCACUGUUCUCAAUGACGAUAAAUGCCAAAAAAACCGUUGUGAUGGUGCAGGGAAGCACGAAAAUACCGAAAAUUACGUUGGAUGGCGUGCCCCUGGCUGUCGUAAACAAGUUUACGUAUCUAGGGUCUACCGUGUCGAACAAUCUCUCGCUUGAUGCGGAGAUCGAUAUUCGUAUCGGCAAAGCGGCGACCACCUUCGGGCAGCUUAAUACGAGAGUAUGGAAAAACAAACAUCUUACCACGCGUACCAAGAUGAUCGUCUAUCAGGCAUGCAUCUUGAGUAUUCUCUCUUACGGAGCUGAAACCUGGACGACGUACGCGAAACAAGAACGUCGACUAAACGCCUUCCAUAUGCGCUGUCUUCGUAACAUCUUGGGCAUAUCCUGGGAGGACAGAGUUACCAACGAGCGGGUUCUUAAUAUUGCACAGCUGCCUAGCUUCACAGCGUUACUCAAGCAGAAGCGGUUGCGUUGGCUAGGGCAUGUGCAUCGAAUGGAGCCCUCGCGCCUGCCUCGGCGGAUCUUGCUUGGUGCUGUAGCAAACGCAAAACGUAACUUGGGGAGGCCCAUGCUACGGUUUAAGGAUUGCGCUAAACGAGAUAUGCACGCCUUUGGUAUCGACCACCAAAACUGGGAAGCAGUUGCCGAGAGUCGUGACGGAUGGCGUAAAGUUGUUGUGGACGGACGCAAGAUACACGAUCAAGCUUGGUUUGAGACUUUAGCGGCAAGAAGAACGCGACAACAACAAGCUUCUUCCGUCGCUGACACCACCCGGUUUACCUGCAGGGCGUGUGGCAAAGGUUGUCGCUCACGUAUCGGCUUAUUUAGUCACGAAAAGAGCUGUGUAAUUAACUCAAGCUGA